ACUGCUUCCAGUCAAUAUGCCGACUUUAGAUGCUCCAGAAGAGAGGAUGAGAAAAUUUAAGUACCGAGGCAAAGAUGCAUCUAUGAGGCGGCAACAGCGGAUGGCAGUCAGCCUGGAGCUCCGGAAGGCCAAGAAAGAUGAGCAGGCCUUAAAGAGAAGAAAUAUCACCAAUUUCUCCCCUGACCCAGCUUCUGGACAACUUACCAAAGGGGUCAGCCUCAGCCUGCAAGAAAUAAUCAAUGGUGUGAAUGCUUCAGAUCCAGACCUAUGUUUCCAGGCCACCCAGGCAGCCAGGAAAAUGCUGUCCCAGGAAAGGAACCCUCCUCUAAAACUGAUCGUUGAAGCAGGGCUCAUUCCCAGGCUGGUGGAGUUCCUGAAGUUGUCGCCUCACCCCUGCUUGCAGUUCGAGGCAGCCUGGGCUCUGACCAACAUUGCUUCUGGGACUUCGGAGCAGACUCAGGCUGUUGUGGAAGGUGGGGCCAUCCAACCUUUGGUUGAGCUCCUGUCUUCCCCCCACAUGACUGUGUGUGAACAGGCAGUGUGGGCCCUUGGUAAUAUAGCAGGUGAUGGCCCAGAAUUCAGAGACCUCGUUAUCUCAAGCAAUGCCAUUCCACAUCUACUGGCCCUCGUUUCAUCAACCAUACCAAUCACGUUUCUGCGGAACAUCACGUGGACCUUGUCCAACCUGUGCCGAAACAAGAACCCUUACCCUUCCGUGAAGGCUGUGAGGCAGAUGUUGCCCAUCCUGUCCCACCUCCUGCAGCACGAAGAUGGCGAGGUCCUCUCCGACACCUGCUGGGCCCUGUCCUACCUCACUGACGGCUCCAACGAGCGCAUCGGCCAAGUGGUCAACAUGGGCGUCCUGCCCAGGCUGGUCCAGCUCAUGAGCAGCUCAGAGCUCAACAUCUUGACCCCCUCCCUCCGCACCGUGGGGAACAUCGUCACGGGAACGGAUCACCAGACCCAGGUGGCCAUCGACGCGGGCAUGCUGAAUGUGCUGCCCCAGCUCCUGACGCACCCCAAGUCCUCCAUCCAGAAGGAGGCGGCUUGGGCCUUGAGCAACGUGGCUGCAGGGCCCUGCCAGCACAUCCAGCGGCUGAUUGCUUGUGGCUUGCUGCCUCCCUUGGUGGCUUUGCUAAAAAAUGGUGAAUUUAAAGUCCAGAAAGAGGCUGUUUGGACCGUGGCUAACUUCACAACUGGGGGCACCACAGACCAGUUGAUCCAGCUUGUCCACUCUGGAGUCCUGGAGCCACUGGUGAAUCUGCUUACCAUCCAAGACACCAAAAUUGUUAUCAUCAUCCUUGACGUUAUCUCUUUUAUCCUCCAGGCAGCAGAAAAGCUAGCAGAGAAAGAAAACCUGUGUCUUCUGAUUGAAGAAAUGGGUGGCAUUGAUAAAAUUGAGGCUUUGCAACUUCAUGAGAACCCUCAGGUUGCCCUGACUGCUUUGAACAUUAUUGAGAAACAUUUUUCUGAGGGAGAAGAAAGUGGCACAAUAUUACCAGCCCUGGACCAAGAUCAUGAAUUCUUAAACCGAGUAACAAAAACAUACCAAGGCCCCACGAUUCCUAAACCAAGGAGCAAACCCUAACGGGUAACUUCUUUAAGAACCUUCUAUGUCUUGGCAUGGCACAGGUGUAAAGGUUUUUAACCAAAUGUUAAUAAAAUUUUCGACACA